GUCGACAUUAAAUCGUAACAAAUUCAUUAUCAUUGAAUUUGAAUUUCAUUUCACUCUUGCGCGGGCGAUGUCAAAUUCAAUCGAUUCGGCUGCAAACUUUAGGUUCUCAACGAGUGCAACGUUGAAGGACAGUCCAUAAAGCAUCCGAGUACCCCCUCGGGUUAAUGAAUCGAUUUGGCGACGGUUCUGUCUAUUCCCGACCUUCUCCACAUGCAUCCACGCUCGGCUCAGCGAUACCAGACGGUUUGGAUUGUAAUUUUGCCACAACGUCAUCCCACUCUCCAGAGCACCAGCCUCAUGGAUAAAGGUAACGUCGUGAGCUUGUCCUAUCGUUUCUUUCGGUCUCCUUUUUACUCUGUCAGUGGGUCUGUAUCCUGGGGGGUGUCUUGAUUGAUAAUAAGUAUGAUGUUUUUCGCGAAAUUGAAGAAACUCCUCCACGCUGGGCAAGACAAGGAACAAUCCAAGAAUGUCGUCUCAGCUCCUUCUGUCACACUUUCAGCGGUGAAACCUCGAUGGAAGUACGCUUCACUUAUCGCUCUGGCUACCGCAGCUCAAGGAGAUGACGCGGAGGUACUUUUCCCUAGAUUGUUCAUUCAAGCUGUCCGACCCAGACGUAUCCUGGUUGAACGGCCGAUCAGUCAUGGCGUUCUGGCCAAUUGGUUCCUUAUGAUGCUUGCCAAAGGAUGUCUUUGUAUCCCCGAAGUCAAUCACAUGCUUGGCAUCCAAUUUACUACCGCCGCCCCUCUUGGGACACAGCUGGCUGGCCAUGAACAUGCCGAUUCCUCUCAUGAUUCAUCACUCUCUCAAUCUACUGAUUCGAGCGACAGCACCUCCACUAUCGCCGUCUCUCCAACGUUGUCUGCAUCUGCGUUCUGCGACUCUUCGUUUGCGGGAUUUAGCAAUCCACCUCGAUCUCGCACACCAACUGACAUCAGGACUUCGUCACCUGCUAAUACCACUUUGGACCGAUUGUUCUUGCAAGACUUCACUAUCCAAAGUCAACUCGGUGCCGGUAACUUUGGAACUGUACAUUUGGCGAGACAUAAACCUUCUGGCAUCCUCACUGCCCUCAAAGUAGUCUCAAAGUCACCUAAGCCGACAACGAAAACAAUGGAGAAUACAUUUUCUUCAUCUAAAUUUGCGAACAAGACACGGGAUAAUUCUGGCAGUUGUGAAAACCCCACCAUGGCACAUAUUCUCGAGCAGUCUGAAACUCAACGCAGCGAAGCUCAGAACUUCCUUGGUGAGGAGUUUGAUGACGAGGGCGAGGACUCGUGUCGCGAUGAAGACGGAAGCGCUACGAGACGGGCAUCCGCCCUUGAAGAGUUCUUCGCUUCGAGACGGAUGGAAAGUGUUCAAGGAGUCGUGCAGUUGCUUGGCAGUUUUCAUGAUGAGAACAAUUUCUACUUUGUCAUGCCAUACUAUCCUGGUGGAGACUUGCAAUCCCUACUGGAAAGAGAUCAUCGUUUACCUCAUGAACAAGCACAACUGUAUACCGCUCAGCUCCUCCUUGGCAUCGAAGCCCUGCAUGACCGUGGCAUAGUCCACCGCGACCUCAAACCUGGAAAUAUCCUUAUCGACGACAAUGGCCACCUCAUCAUUGCAGACUUUGGCUUAGCCAAGUGCUUUGAAACCCAUAUGACGCCAUUCGAGAAAUCCGUCUACUCUGUUACCGACGACACUGAAAGCUACUUUGCAAUCGACCAAACCAUGAGGGCGUGUGGGACACCGGAUUAUGCUGCUCCUGAGAUCUAUCUACAGGAGUGGUAUUCGUAUCCGGUGGAUGUGUGGGCUAUAGGCGUGGUUACGUUCAGGAUGUUCGUUGGGAGGUCGCCUUGGGGUUCGUGUCUUUCCAUGGAAAGUCUUGCCACGGCCAUUGUGAGGCAGCGCAUGGAAGUGGAGAAUUGGGAACGAGGUGUAUUUGAGAUGCAUCAGGAGACUGAAUUGUUCUUCAAUGCAGCUCUCGACAAGGACCAGAUCACCAGGCCGACUGCAAGUGAUCUAAAGGCACACUCUCUGUUUGACGGAUUCGAUUGGGACAAGCUCUCUCGUCGCGAGAUUCUAGCACCCUGGGUUCCCAUGCCUUACAUGAAGAAACCCAACAUUGAGAUGGAGCCAAUUGAUGCUGGCGAUGCUUACGACUCUGAUGAUGAUCCUACGCCUUUCAUCAGCUAUACCUCUCCCAUCCUCGUUUCGGCUUCUCAAAGGGACUCCAACUAUCUCACUGAGCCCCCGAUAAUUGAAGAAAUUGUCUGCAUACAUCCAGCUCCGCCUACGUUGCAUCAAUGCCACACCAUGCUCGAACAGCUUCUCUCAGACUUCCCAGCUACGGACAACACGCUCGUAUCUUCGUCCGACCACCUCUCGCUCAAAUCUCCUGAUGCCGCCAGGAGUGCUAUGUCCAAUGCUGUUGUCUCUGUUUGCUCCUUUGCUCCCCCGCACGACGAUCCCACUCCGCUUACAAAGUUCAAGAGAUGGGCAAACCAGCUUUGGCAGUGGAAAACUCCUCAAAUGACUAUUGUCUGAUCUCUCGUGUGUUUUCAUGUCUCGCGUGUGGAAAGCUCCGGAAUCUCUCGCUAUUUUUCUAGUUCUUUGCUUCAACAUCACGCUCGAUCUGGCUUCUUUGAAUACCUGGACUCUGGUUUCUUGUCUGCAUACUAUGGAUUUUGGGGUGAAUAAAUACAUACUCUCGUCACGAACACUUAUUUUGUUGAAUGCCAAUACGCUUCCUGCCAUAUGUAAGACUAAUAUUUGUCACUGAUACGUAUACCGUACUUC